AUGUCGCAUUCUUCUAAUAGUGCUGUCUAUAACAACAACAGCCUCAAUGGCCCAGUGCAACCCCUCGUCCAAGGCAGCCACGCCACCAGCCACAGCAUCGCCAUUGAUCGUUUCAUUGGUGACCCAGAUCAGCGUCGCCCACCGGCAUUCAGCACUGUCCGAUCCGCAGCCGAAGCCGAAGCUGCAGAGAAGACCAGAAUCGCGGCUCAGCUUCGUGCUUUUGAGCAGCAGUUUGGCUCCCACGGCAAAGCGUCCAACGAAGCACAGACUAGCUGA